CACCUUUUGUCGCUGCAUUUGACAAUGUCCGCUCGAUUUGCUCGCACUCUUUUCCAGGCUGGCGCUCGUCGCGCACAGACCACCGCCCCAAGGCGCGCCCUGGGCAGGCGAAACAUGGCCAGCGAAGCGCAUACCCCCGCCACCAAGUCUGAUACGCCCUGGAUCAUUGGCUCUGCGCUCAUUUUCGGUCCUAUCAUUGCUUACCUCGUCUCCCCUUCAGCACGCAAGAACACCCAUGCUGUUCACAAUGACAAGAAGGAGUACCCUGGCUUGAAGAAGAAGUCGGAGACUGCUGGGAGUGGGGAGCAGCACCUUAAACCUGUGAUGAUGACGGACGACGAGGGCAAGGAGGAGAACGUUGCUGGCAGUCUCGCUUUGGCAGAGAAAUCCGACGUUCCUAAAGCUUCUGAUUCUUCGUCUGAGCAGCCUGCAGGCUUCGAAGCCGCCAAGGCCGAAGCUGCGGGAGACGAGUCUGCUCCUGUCCAACCCGACGCUGCUCAGGAGAUCGGUAGCACCUCUCCCAAGAGCCACCACGACAGCAAGGGCACCUUCCAAGACGCUGCUGAUUCUGAGCCCAGCCCCACCCCCAUGGGCAAGGCCAGAGAGGCUGCUUUGGAGCACAUCACCCCCAAAGAGCACGCCGAGCAGACGUCCAACUAAAAUGUCCUACCGGAUGAAGACUGAAACGUACAUAAAUUGUGGUGCUUUUAACGCACUGCAGUUGUCCAAGGCGAACUUGUUGAUGAACUCUUGUAGAUAGAGGAUUUUGGACUCUGUAAGAAUUCGUGAUGUGGCCCUUGUACGUACAUAGUUCAGUUCGGUGUGGGAGGGUCGCUUUCCCGGUAUCAAAAGCAAUUUCAGUAUC